CCUAAGAUUUCCACAGAGACUGCUACUAAAACAAGAUGACGCUAAAAUCAUUUCGUGACGACCAGUUAAACUAUUUCAAAUUUGCUUCCAUCGUACUGGAUGAGUUCCCAAAGGCAUUACGUCAGACGUUCAAGUCCAUGUGGGACAACAGUUUGACACAUCUUCCCGGUCAUCAAAUGUGGGAUGACUCCACUCCAGUGAGAAAUUUAUUCCUCACUUUUGAAGGUGGCCCUGGUAAAACCAAAGUUCCCACCCACCACUCCUUUGAAGAAUGGGAUUGUACCGCCCUGUUCCAGGCCACCAUCUACGCCAAGUCCUUUGCUUUGCCCGACAGUGGAGGUCAACACAAGACACUUGGUGAGCUGUUCAUUAAACCUCGAAAACUGGCUCAUGGAUUGUUCCAUGCAUCGGUGACGAGUCUGAGUGGGAACAAUGCUGAAACGUUUGCGCUUGCGAUUGAUCAGCUUCGACUUUUAAGAAAUUCCCUAUGUCACUCGCACACCUCUGAAAUUGUUAAAGCCACCUUUGACCAGUACGUGAGGCACGCUAAGGACGCAUUCAAAGCUCUUGGUGUCACGACGGACCCUAUUGAUGUCAUUGGUGGUUUAUCAGAGUCAGAAUUUCCCACAAAUGAAGUUCGUAGACUAGAAGAAUGUAUCAAAGAGGAAUAUCGAACUUUUGUAAGUUUUCUGCAACAACAGAAUCAACAUCUGGAGGGCAUCAGCUCAGAUGUGAAAGCCUUGAAACACAAGAUGGAAGAUAUGCCAACUAAAGACAUGUUUAAGAUGCUGGAACAAAUGAUCAAAGAUUUGAAUCAGACUCCAGCCCAGAAAAAAUCAGAUGAGAAUCUGACAUCCACUACACCAAGUAAAGAUACUCCACUGGAAAUGAAUACAGCUGACCAGGACAGCAAACGGGAGGAGGUCUCCUGUUCACCACGAACCCUGUUAAAGGUUGAAUAUAAGACUACGGUUACACAUUUGAAAUCAGGCGAUUUUGCAUUGGCUCUUCAGUCUGCAAAACGUGCCCUUGACAUUAUACAAACUAUGUUUGGAGAGGAACACCCUAAAGUGGCUGACGUGUACUCAUUAAUCGGGCUUAUACAAAAUAAUUUAGGGAACUUUGCAUCAGCCCUUCCUUCCUUCCAGCGAGCCCUUCACAUCAGACUCGAGUUGUUCGGCGAGGAACACUCAGACACGGCUCAAAGUUACAAUUCUGUGGGAGACACACAACGUUGCCUAGGUGAUUAUGAGUCAGCUCUUAAGUCUACACAGCGAGCCCUUGACAUUAGAAAAAAGCUGUUUGGUGAGGAGCACUCAGACACAGCUCAAAGUUACCAUUCUUUGGGGAUAACACAACAUUGUCUGGGUGACUAUGUAUCAGCUCAAAAGUCAAAAAUAUGUGCCUUGGAUAUCCGAUGUAAGUUGUUUGGCGAGGAACACUCAGACACAGCUAAAAGUUUCCAUUCUCUAGGGGACACACAACAUUGGUUAGGUAAUUAUGAAUCAGCUCUUAAGUUUACACAGCGAGCCCUGGACAUCAGGAAAAAGUUGUUUGGAGAGGGACACUCAGACACAGCUCAAAGUUACCAUUCUCUGGGGAACACACAACAUUGCUUAGGUCAUUAUACAUCAGCUCAAAAGUCUAAACAAAGUGCCCUGGAUAUCCGACGCAAGUUGUUUGGCGAGGAACACUCAGACACAGCUAAAAGUUACCUUUAUCUAGGGAUCACACAGCAUUCCUUAGGUCAUUAUGCAUCAGCUCAAAAGUCUAAACAAAGUGCGCUCGAUAUCCGACGCAAGUUGUUUGGCGAGGAACACUCAGAGACUGCUAAAAGUUACCAUUACCUGGGGAUCACACAGCAUUCCUUAGCUGAUUAUGCAUCAGCUCAAAAGUCUCAACAGCGUGCCCUUGACAUCAGAAAAAAAUUGUUUGGCGAGGAACAUUCAGACACAGCUAAAAGUUACCUUCGUCUCGGGAUCACACAGCAUUCCUUAGGUGAUUAUAAAUCAGCUCUGAAGUCCUUGAAGCAAGCCCUUGACAUCAGAAAAAAAUUGUUUGGCAAGGAAAACUCAGACACAGCUCAAAGUUACCUUCAUCUGGGGAUUACACAACAUUCCUUAGGUGAUUAUGUAUCAGCUCAAAAGUCUAAACAGCGUGCCCUUGAUAUCCAACGCAAGUUGUUCGGCGAGGAACACUCAGACACACAAGCCCUUGACAUCAGAAAAAAAUUGUUUGGCAAGGAAAACUCAGACACAGCUCAAAGUUACCUUCAUCUGGGGAUUACACAACAUUCCUUAGGUGAUUAUGUAUCAGCUCAAAAGUCUAAACAGCGUGCCCUUGAUAUCCAACGCAAGUUGUUCGGCGAGGAACACUCAGACACAGCUCAAAGUUACCAUUCUCUGGGGGACACACAACAGUGGUUUGGAGACUAUGCAUCCGCUCAAAAGUCUAAACAGCGUGCCCUGGAUAUCCGACUUAAGUUGUUCGGCGAGCAACACUCAGACACAGCUAAAAGUUACUUUUAUCUGGGGAUCACACAACAUUCCGUUGGUGAUUAUGCAACAGCUCAAAAGUCUCAACAGUGUGCCCUGGAUAUCCGACGCAAGUUGUUUGGCGAGGAACACUUAGACACAGCUCAAAUUUACCUUCAUCUGGGGAUUACACAACAUUUCUUAGGUGAUUAUGUGUCAGCUCAAAAGUCUAAACAGUGUGCUUUGGAAAUUCAACGUAAAUUGCUUGGCGAGGAAGACUCAGACACAGCUCAAAGUUACCAUUCUCUAGGGGCCACACAACAUUCUUUAGGUGAUUAUGCAUCGGCCCAAAAGUCUAAACAGCGUGCCCUGGACAUCCGACGCAAGUUGUUCGGCGAAGAGCACUCAGAUACAGCUCAAAGUUACUCUUCAAUCGCGAAAACGCAGAGGAAAUUAGGAGAGCCAAUUUUAGCUUUUCUGUCUGAACAGCGUGCCCGUGACAUCAGAGAGAAGUUAAAAAGGAACACCAAACGAUAA